AUGGCGGGAACCAGCGCCACUGCCCGCACUCCAGCAAAGCCAACGCCAGCAAAGAAGGCCACACCGGCUGCCUCCACCGGCAAGCAAGCAAGCAUCUUGGGCUUCUUUGCCAAGUCCGGGACUCCUUCAGCAGCCUCGAAGCUUCCCACACGUUCCUCUGAGCCAGAUUCUUCACCAUGCCUCAAAGAGACUACCAAGUCCAACACCCUCACCAGAAAUAAACCCCCGGGCGAGAACAUCACGCCAGUCCCAAGCAGCGAUGCCAUUGAGCCCAGCAGCUCACAAGAGAACAGAAAUGCUUCGACAAUCAAGCGAGCCGUCAAUAACUUGGUCAUUGCUAGCAGCAGUCCAGUCAAGAAGGUCAAGAAGGUGGUUAACUACGCCGAGUCUUCUGACGAGGAUGAAGAUGUAUUCACCGCACUCAACACAAGGCAGAGCCAACGCCGUCGGGCGCGCCCUACGCUCAAGGACGAGGAUGACGACGACGACGACGACGGGGACGACUUUAAACCUGAACCUGAUGCAGCUAUGGCUGAUGACGAUGACGAUGAUAUGGCAGACUUUGUCGUCUCAGACGACUCUGAUUCAGGGUCCAGGCCGAAGAAGAGAAAACGGGCCAACACCAAGAGCGGGCCGCCAAGGAAACGGAAUGCUGCGUCAUCCUCACCAGUCAAGGAGGCUGGAAGAGACGUCGAAGACGAUGAUGAGGUGCUUGAGGACAUUCCCCAAACGUCCACCGCUCAGCAGUGGCGUUAUGAUCCAGAGAACCCAGCUCCUCCUCCCACAAAAACAAAGGACUCAGGGGCGCGCUCCUCCACCCAACAGAAUAAACCCAAGACAAAGGAAAAGGCGUGCAAGAAGGAACCAGAGGAUCGGUACCCGUGGCUUGCUAAGAUCCAGGAUAUGGACCGGCACUCACCUGACCACCCCGACUUUGACAAGUCUACCAUCUUCAUACCACCGAUGGCAUGGAACAAGUUUUCCCCGUUUGAGAAACAGUACUGGGAAAUCAAGCAAAAGCUCUGGGACACUGUCGUCUUCUUCAAGAAGGGCAAAUUCUAUGAGCUUUACGAGAAUGAUGCUACAAUCGGCCACCAGCUGUUUGACUUGAAGCUCACUGAUCGAGUCAACAUGCGCAUGGUUGGUGUCCCUGAAGCCUCUCUCGACAUUUGGGUCAAUCAGUUUGUGGCCAAGGGUUACAAGGUUGCUCGUGUUGAUCAGAUGGAAUCUGCCCUUGGCAAGGAGAUGCGCGAGAGGGGCGGAGACAAGAAGAACAAAAAGGAGGACAAGAUUAUCCGGCGAGAGCUGGCUUGCAUUCUCACCGGAGGAACUCUAGUCGAGGGCAGCAUGCUUCAGGAUGACAUGGCCACCUUUUGCGUGGCCAUCAAGGAGUCUACCGUUGAUGGCCACCCUGCGUUCGGCAUAGCUUUUGUGGACGCAGCAACCGGCCAGUUUUUUAUUUCUCAGUUUGAUGACGACGUCGACUUGACCAAGUUUGAGACUUUUGUCGCCCAAAUUUCCCCACGGGAGCUUCUCCUGGAAAAGUCAAACAUCUCUACCAAGGCAUUGAGGAUACUCAAGAACAACACGUCUCCAACGACAAUCUGGAACUAUCUAAAGCCAGAUUCCGAGUUUCUGGACCCUGAAACAACGAGGCGAGAACUGAGCUGUGGCGACUACUUCAAGGUGGCCGAUGGUGGGGAUGAGACUGAGGUUUGGCCCGACGCGCUGGACAAAUCGCGAGACAAGGACCUCUUGAUGUCUGCCAUGGGUGCUCUGGUUCACUAUCUUCGAGUGUUGAAGCUGGAGCGCAGUCUCCUGUCCCAAGGAAACUUUGAGUGGUACAACCCAAUCCACCGGGACGGAACCCUCGUCCUGGACGGGCAGUCGCUUAUAAACCUCGAGGUGUUCUCGAAUAGUGUGAAUGGCGGUUCGGAAGGUACGCUCUUCAACCUGCUUAACCGGUGCAUCACGCCCUUUGGUAAGCGGCUGUUCCGCCAGUGGGUGUGCCACCCGCUCUGCAACAUCAAAAAGAUCAACGAACGCCUCGAUGCGGUGGACAUGCUCAAUGCCGACCGCAGCAUCCUGGAGCAGUUUUCUUCGCUCAUGUCUAAGAUGCCUGAUCUGGAACGGCUGAUUUCCAGGAUUCAUGCGGGAGUGUGUAAAGCCGAGGACUUUGUUCGCGUCCUGGAGGGGUUUGAGCAGAUCGAAUAUGCCAUGUCGAUGCUAAGUGCGUUUGGCGGUGGCAACGGACUGGUGGACCGCCUGAUUGCUUCCAUGCCUGAUUUGAAGGAGCCUUUGACAUUCUGGAAGAGCGCCUUUGAUCGUAAAAAGGUACGCGACGAGAAGUUGCUCAUUCCCGAACGGGGAAUCGAGGAGGACUUCGACGAGAGCGCCGACAAUAUCGUGCGCAUAAAGAAGGACUUGCAGUCACUUCUCGACAAGCAAAAGACAACCUUGAAGUGCAAGAGCCUCAAGUUCACUGACGUCGGCAAAGAAAUCUACCAACUCGAGGCACCAAAAUCCAUAAAGGUGCCCAAGGACUGGAGACAAAUGUCGGCUACAUCCGCCGUCAAGCGCUACUACUUCCGCGACUUGGACGAACUAGUUCGCGAACUGCAAGAGGCCGAGGAGACACACUCUCAGAUCGUCAAGGAUGUUGCUGCUCGCUUCUUCAAGCGGUUCGACGUCGAUUAUGAGAUAUGGAUCCAGGCUAUCCGCAUCAUCUCGCAACUCGACUGCCUGAUCUGCCUAGCAAAGGCCUCGUCGUCUUUGGGCGAGCCGAGCUGCAGACCUACCUUUAUUGACCACGAGCGUAGCGUGAUCGAGUUCGAAGAGCUCCGUCAUCCUUGCAUGCUUAAUACUGUCGACGAUUUUAUACCAAACGAUAUCAAAUUGGGAGGCGACGACGCCAAUAUCAAUCUGCUCACUGGAGCGAACGCCGCUGGAAAGUCUACGGUUCUCCGAAUGUCGUGUAUUGCCGUCAUCAUGGCUCAGAUUGGUUGCUACGUGCCAGCGACUUCAGCUAGGCUCACUCCUGUGGACCGCAUCAUGUCCCGACUCGGGGCGAACGACAACAUCUUUGCUGCACAGUCUACCUUCUUUGUUGAGCUGUCAGAGACCAAGAAGAUCCUGUCUGAAGCCACACCCCGCUCUCUCGUCAUCCUUGACGAGUUGGGACGCGGUACGUCCUCUUACGACGGCGUGGCUGUGGCCCAGGCGGUGCUGCACCACGUAGCGUCGCAUAUUGGUUGUGUUGGCUUUUUUGCAACGCACUACCACUCCCUUGCGACUGAGUUUGAGAACCACCCAGAGAUUAGGGCGAAGCGAAUGCAAAUCCAGGUGGACGACGCCAAGCGCCGGGUCACUUUUCUUUACCGGCUUGAGGACGGCGUCGCCGAGGGCUCCUUCGGUAUGCACUGCGCCGCCAUGUGCGGCAUCAGUGACCGCGUCAUCGAGCGGGCCGAGGUCGCAGCCAAGGAGUGGGAGCACACAAGCCGGCUCAAGGAAAGUCUCGACAGAGCCAAGACAGGCUGUUAUAUACCGCUUGGUGUUUUGAGUGAUGUAGCGAGCCUGCUCAGGGACGAUGAUGAGGAGGAGUCCAAAGUGAAGGAUAGGGGAAUCGAUGUCCUUUUGAGGGCUAUUGAACAACUGUGA